AUGUCAAUAGGAGAAGAAGAACAAGGAGCAACAGGAGGAGGUGGAGGACCUAGCAGCCUUGGUGACAGUAGCAGUAGUAGUAGUAAUGGUGGCCACCACCCUUAUUAUGACGAAAAGGCUGGAGAACGUGAACGUCGUAUCAGGAGCCUAUUUGACUCACUCGACAGCAAUGGCACCGGCCUUCUCGAUGCGGAUGCCAUUUUACGUGGAUUCCUAAAGUUGACUCACUUGCCAGCACACACACGCUACGCAACCGACUUGUUGGCCAAAUGUGAUACCGCACGUGAUGGAGCAAUCGACUAUGAUGAGUUCAGGGCAUAUGUAUUGGAAAAAGAAAAAGAGCUCUGGGACCUUUUCUCUCAAAUCAAUACUUCGGGUGAUCAUGUGCUUCGAGCAAGUGAUCUUGAAUCAGCACUCAGGGCAGCUGGGAUCCGCGUCACCAAAGAAGAACUCGAUGAAUUCAUUCAUGCUAUUGAUACUGAGGGCAAUGGAUACAUUGAUUUCCAAGAUUGGCGUGAUUUCUUAUUGUUAUUGCCACAACAAACCACGUUACGCGAGAUCUAUCAAUAUUACCAGACAUCCACACAGCUGACUCAAGAUGCUGAAGUGGCAUUUUCGCAUACGGAUGAAGCAGCACAGAAUGCAUACAAGUACUUGGCAGCGGGUGGUAUUGCUGGUGCCGUCUCACGUACAUGUACUGCUCCAUUGGAUCGACUCAAGGUGUACUUGAUCACUCAAACAUCGCCAAGACCUGACGGUGCUACGUGUCGUGCAGCUCCUUCCACAUCCAUUGUAGGCGCUGUACGUGCCAUUUAUGCACAAGGAGGCUUCCGUGCUUUCUUUGUUGGUAAUGGUCUCAAUGUCAUCAAGAUCAUCCCCGAAUCAGCCAUCAAGUUUUAUGUGUUUGAAACUGCCAAAACCUUGCUUGCUCAAUUUACCGGUGUUGAAGAUAAGAAUGCCAUCCCUGUUGGUGCUCGAUUCGUCGCUGGUGGUGUCGCUGGUCUAUGCUCACAGUUUUGCAUUUAUCCUGUUGAGACGCUAAAGACACGCAUCAUGUCGACCAAAGGACAACAACAACAACAAAUUGCUGCUGUUGCUGCCAAUGCUGCAAAAAGUGUUACGACAAAUGCAACGGCGGAUCGAUUCUUUGUACUGAAUACGGCAAAAGCCAUGUAUCGUGCUCAAGGCAUCAGGGCGUUUUGGCCGGGUCUCACACUUGGUUUGUUGGGUGUUUUUCCAUAUCAAGCUUUGGAUAUGGGUAUUUAUGAAACGCUCAAAGUGACCUACUUGAAUUAUAUGCAAACCCAAGGUGACAAGCGGAGAGGUGGCAACAACAACAACGACUUUUUACCCAAUGUGUUGGUGCUAUGGGCAUGUGGUAUGGUAAGUGGCUCAAUUGGUGCCACGACCGUUUACCCUCUCAAUCUUGUCAGGACAAGGUUACAAGCUCAAGGCACACCAGGUCAUCCACAUCACUAUUCUUCGGCUUUCGAUGCUGCGAGGAAAACAUUCCAAGCUGAUGGUGUUCGAGGAUUCUAUAAAGGAUUGGGACCUACUCUUUUCAAGGUGGUUCCAUCGGUCAGUAUCAGCUAUGCUGUUUACGAGUUCAGCAAACGUUCUCUAGGCAUCAGCUAA